CACCGCCGAGUUCGCCUCGCCGACGAGAGAGGACCGAGCUCUUCCGGUGGUUUCGACGCUGAAGCGCUCGAGAUAGGAGCGAAGGCUUUGAGGGAAAUCAACAGUUCUCCUCUUGCCAAGCAGGUUUUUGAGUUGAUGAGGAGUCAGGAGGAGACGAGGCUGGAAGAGAUGGCGGCUGAGAAGGCCCAGUAUCAGGCCUUGAUGGCCCAGAAAGAAGUGGAAAGUCAGCGAAAAUUAGCUGAGGAACAGAGGAAUAUUAUUCAUCAACAGGCACAGGCAAAGGCACAAAACGCUCGCUAUCAAGAUGAACUCGCAAGAAAAAGAAUGCAGACAGAGCAUGAAGCACAAAGGCGACAGAAUGUUGAACUUGUAAGGAUGCAAGAAGAGGCCUCAAUAAGAAAAGAACAAGCAAGGCGUGCUACUGAAGACCAAAUUCAAGCACAACUCCGCCAAACAGAAAAAGAGAGAGCUGAGAUAGAGCGUGAAACAAUAAGAGUAAAAGCUCUGGCAGAGGCUGAAGCUCGAGCUCACGAGGCAAAACUGACAGAAGAGCAUAACAAGAGAAUGCUUUUAGAACGCAUGAAUGGCGAGAAAGAAAAGUGGCUUGCUGCGAUCAAUACGACUUUUAGCCACAUUGAAGGCGGUUUUCGGAUGUUGCUGACUGAUCGAGGCAAAUUGAUCAUGGCUGUUGGUGGAGUCACUGCACUAGCUGCCGGUGUUUACACAACUAGGGAAGGUGCUAAGGUCAUGUGGGGCUACGUCAAUAGAUUACUGGGUCAGCCUUCACUGAUCCGUGAAUCAUCAAUAGCAAAGUUUCCUUGGUCAGGAGUUGCUUUGAAGUUUGCAAAAAAGAUAACGUCUAGUACGGUUGCAUCUACUGAAGGUGGAACGAGCUUUAACAACAUUAUUCUUCACCCUUCACUGCAUAGGAGGAUUGAACAACUUGCUCGAGCUACAGAAAACACAAAAUCCCAUGAAGCUCCUUUCCGUAAUAUGCUUUUCUAUGGGCCUCCUGGUACUGGAAAAACUAUGGUGGCAAAGGAGAUGGCUCGAAAAUCGGGUUUGGAUUAUGCAAUGAUGACAGGGGGUGAUGUAGCACCUUUGGGUUCUGAAGCUGUUACCAAGAUACAUCAGAUAUUUGAUUGGGCGAAAAAAUCAAGAAAAGGUCUCUUGCUUUUUAUUGAUGAGGCAGAUGCUUUCCUAUGCGAGCGUAACAGCCAGCACAUGAGCGAAGCCCAGCGCAGCGCUCUCAACGCGCUCCUCUUCCGUACUGGAGACCAGUCAAGAGACAUAGUCCUCGUCCUCGCUACCAACAGACCUGGCGACCUUGAUGCCGCGAUAACUGACCGCAUCGACGAAGUUCUCGAAUUCCCCCUCCCCAGAGAGGAAGAACGGUUCAAGCUUCUCAAACUCUACUUAAAGCGAUACAUUUCCAAAGACAACAUUGACGAUGAUAAUGAUAAUCGAUUCCCCAUUUGGAGAUCUCUUUAUAAGAAAGAGCAGCAGAAGAUAUUUGUGAAGGAUGUGGGUGACGAUGUGAUUCUUGAAGCAGCAAGGAAAACUGAGGGGUUCUCCGGGAGAGAGAUUGCGAAGCUGAUGGCAAGCGUUCAGGCUGCGGUAUACGGGCGAGAGGACUGUGUGUUGGAUUCUCAGCUGUUUAUGGAGAUUGUGGAUUAUAAGGUGGCAGAGCAUCAUCAGCGUCUAAAGCUUGCUGGUGAGGGCGGGAGUAGUCAUUGAGGCUUUAAUGUUUUCGCUCAUUGAGGCUUUGAUGUGUCCCCUAUUUUUCUGAGAGUAUUGAACUACAUCAAUAUUUGAGGCACUAUGAGCUUCACUUGGGUAUAAAAUCAUAACGCUUGUAACUGACAACAGUGAGGAGGAAACGCUACCAUAAUUGUUAUUGUAGGUAAAUUACAUGUUUCCUAUGUCUGUAACAAGACGUAAUGAUUUUCAAUUUAAUACGACGAGGGUAUACAAAGCAUUCUUAGGAAAAUAGCAUUGAUUGAGACAGCUUGAUCAUGUAUAACAGAGAUCAUUAAAU